CACAUAUAACUAUAGUAAUUUAGUUUUAACGACAGCGAUAAACGAAUUUCGUAAAGAAAUGUUUACCUCAAAUUUAAAUAUAACACAAGAAGAUAAUAACAGUGACUUUAUAAAGAAAACUAUACGUGAGACUAAAUUUGCUAAGAGGCAACACCGAGUUAUUGGGCGUUAUCAGAAAUCAGAAGAUUUUUUUCAGAAUAGAUAUUUUACGAAAAGCGAAUCAGAUUCACGAGAAAAAAGUACCGAGGAUAAUCAUUACAGAGUGCACACUCCCGCUCGACGCAUCUUCCACGGGCACAAAACGAAGAUCAAGCACUUUCCUUUUUUGGUGACUGUUCACGUCCUCGGCCGGUUCGUGUGUGGCGGCACAAUCAUCAAAUCGGACCUGGUCAUAACCGCCGCCCAUUGUUUGAAAAGGUGGCAAGAAUGGAUGCGUCGCACCAGCACUACACCAAAAACAACGACCGCCGAUGACACCACGACCGAUAUCAUUACAACGGAUGUGAUCACAAUCGAUGACAACGCAACCGAUGUAAUCACAACUGAUACCGAAGGUGUCGAAUCUAUUACAACCAAUACAAACACUAAUGUAACUGAUACUAUCCCCACUGAGACCAAAACGAUUGAAACUACAAUAAUGAUUAGCUCCGACGAAUCAGGCAAAAGCUCGAGUUACGAAACUUAUCCACCGAAGACAGUCGUUACGGAAGAAACCUCUACACGUCCGAAUUUAGGUGUCCUCUCUGUUCGUAUUGGCACGAACUAUUACAGAUUAGGGGGGAAGGUGGUCCUGGUCACAGAUGUUUACUUUCACCCUUCAUACGAUGAGAAGAACUUGCAAGACAACCUGGUCAUCAUGAGACUGGAGAGACGCCUCAGCUUUAAACGAAGGAGAGUACGCAAGAUAAAUAUCAGUACUGACGCCUCUAAUGUGCCAGAGGGUACUGAAGUUACCAUUGCUGGUUGGGGUGCUAAGACUUACCACAACAAAAUCUUUAACGCUUUAUGGAAUUUGAUCCACAAGGCUGUGUUGACAGUCAGUUCUCGGUAUGAGUGCGUAUAUACAUAUACUAAGAACUUCGUGACAACAACGAAUUUUUGUGCGCUCAACGAACAUCACGAGGGAGCUUGCAAUGGCGAUGCCGGUAACCCCGCGGUGGUAGGUGGGCUGCUCGUGGGUGUUGUCAGUUUUGGCCCCCCUAACUGCGGGCAACGGGACGCACCUACAGUCUUCACCAACGUUGGCUACUACGCAGACUGGAUUGAAGAGAUCAUGGACUUGCACCAGGUAUUAAACAUCUGUCAAAAAUAUUACGACUGGGCAAUAAAUCGUCGUCGACGAAUGAAAAUGAAAGCCACGAAGAAACAACACCAGAAACGACCACCAAGUGCCCUGCUGGUUGGACAACGAAAACUACCACAACCACGGAACCCGUGA